AUGUUCGUCGAAAACAUGAGUGUCUCCUCUGCUCAUGCGUCCCCCUCGCAAGAGAGUGGAUACGUCCUCUCGCCUGCUUGCGCUUCGCCUCCUUCUUCUUCGUCUCUGCCUCCUUCUUCUUCGUCUCUGCCUCCUUCUUCUUCGUCUCUGCCUCCCGCUUCUUCGUCUCAGCCUCCCGCUUCUUCGUCUCAGCCUCUGCUGGCAUCUUGUUCGCUGUCUGCUGCGCAUCUGUCGCUGCUGCCUGCCUGUGUUUCUCUGGAGAGUUUGAGUGAGGAAGACCGUCGCUUGGUUGCUCAGUUUCGGGUGUCUCUGGAAGCCUUGACAGGUUCGAUGGAGAGCAUCGUGGCUGCAAGCGACGCGCUGCUGUUCCGAGGGAAUUACCCAGUGGUGCACUGCCUCCUCGGCGCCUGGAUGGACGCGUUCAAAGCCCAGAGCGACAGCGAGAAGCUUCUCUUUCUCCUCUACGUUCUGAACGACGCACUGCAGAAGAGCGCAAGUCGCCGGUGCCUGUGUCUCCUCCAACUCGCGCUGGCGCCGCUUCGCGCCUUCUGCGUCGAGGUGGCGCAACGCCAUGCGGGGAUUCUCGACGCGAGUUCCCGCGUUUUCAAGAUCUUGAAGGUUCGGCGAGUCUUUGGAAACAACGAGAAUGGAGACGCUAUCUGCGCAGCUUUCCUCGCUCUCCUCCAGGGCGCUCCGAGUGUCUCUCUUCCACCUGUCUCCCCGGAGACGCUCAAACUGUCUCCGCUCGAGAGCAGGACUUCUGCGUCUUCUCCGCCGACUUCCGGUCUGCCCGCCUUUGCUUCUCCUCACGCGCCCUCCGCCGCUGCGGGAGGCGCGAGUGCGUUCGCGCCUCCAGGUGUAGCUACAGCUUCCUCGGCGCCUUGUCUGCCUGCGGCCAUCGACAGCUUCAGUCUGCAGUUUCCCUCCAAAAACGACGCAGCCGUCGCAGCGUACGUCGACGCUCUGUUUCCGGAAGAAAUGGGAGAGACGCGUUUCAGAGGCGCAGUCAAGGAGGCUCUCGAGGCGAUUCGCGCCGUUCAGUCCGCCAUUGCAGACAAAGGCCUCGCGAGGCUAAAACAGGAGCAGCAGCUUGCGCAGCUGACGCGAGAGAAGAAACUUCUGGAAGAGCAGCAGAGACAGAAGCGCGUCAAGUUCUCCAAAUGCGGAGUGCUUCCGGAAGACGAGGCGACGGCGGUGUUGGACCUCGAGCGAGAAAAUGAAGAGGCUGCUCAAAAACGCCUUCUCGCGCACAGCGCAGCCACCCGCGCGAAGCUACGAGUUCUCUUGGAACUCGAGUGGAAUCAGAGAAUCGAUCUACAAGAGCGACUCGCGAGUUUGGCGGAGACAGUCGAAUCCCGCAUGGAGGCCGUCCUUGCUCGCCAUGUUCGUUGCCGAGAAGUGAAGACAAUUGUCGAUCGCGCGCUUCACACUACGCUUCGUCAGCAAGCCUCCAAAGGCGUCGGUGGUCAACCAUCCACUGCGCCCUCUUCGACGUCUCCUUCCUCUUCUUCCGCUUCGUCGCCUUCUUCGCUUUCGUCAGCAGUUUUGCCUCGGGGGCCUUCCGAGAAUUCAGAGCCGCCUGCCUCCUCUGUCUCUUCCUCGGGAGGGGGGAGCGCAGAGCAAGAAAUUGCUUCGUGA